GCCGAAAAUUGCUUAUCUUGCUUCGAGGCCACUCAUAACCUGCGUUCUAGACGGUGUUAUGCUCGGAUAGGAGCAGACUAGACACCUUUGAGGUGGGCAUGUGUGCCCACAAGCAAUAUCUUCAACGCAUUAGCCUUAUCCUCUAACCAUCCUUCAAUCACCCUUACGCCUCCGCUUUCCUCACACCAUGGUCAGCCUAGCCCCCCACGUUGCUCUCUUCAAGAACCUAUAUGAAUACAGUGGCUCGCCUCAAAAUGGACUUCCACCGGCUUUCAACGUUCAAUCCAUUCCCUCCCGUUCUUUUCGGUCCUUCUUUUGUUUUCUUUUUCAUUUUUGGCAAUCUUUUUUUGCCGCCGCUCUUUUCCGGGUUGCUGCUGGGCCAGCUUAACCCUCCCAAGGUUUCUUCUAUCUCAUUCUUUUUCACCAUCGAUUAGGUGACUUUCCGACCC